AUGGCGAUAUCUACCGAUAAGUCAUGUUAUGAACCUAUAUCUAGGAUAGAUAAACUUAAAUUACAUUUUUUUUCGGUUUUUUAUGCAAUAUGGUUUAUUAUAAUUCGGGUUUUUAAAAGACUUUAUAAAUCAGAAAAAGUUUUACGCGAAAUCCGUGAUAAACCUCCACCGUGUUUAGUUGAUAACACUUUAGGUUCACAUUCUUAUAUUAAAAUAGGGAGUUUGAAACUUCAUUAUGUCGAAGCUGGAGAUAUUAAUUCACCAUUAAUUAUUAUGUUACAUGGUUUUCCCGAUUGUUGGUUCGGAUGGAGACAUCAAAUUAAAUAUUUAUCUGAAUAUUUUAGGGUGAUUGCUAUCGAUUUAAAAGGUUUUGGAGAUUCUGAUAAACCAGUUUCAAAACUCAGUUACAGAACUAGAAUAUUAAUAAAUGAACUUCAUCAACUCAUUAUUUCCUUUCAAUCCAAAUCGAAAAUUAUUAUCGGACAUGACUUGGGUGCUUAUCUUGGGUAUUAUUUUGUAACAAUUUACCCGAACUUAAUAAGUAAAUUUAUAGCAUUAUCAUGUCCUCAUCCGAAUGUUUUUUGGGAUUGCUUACCAAAAUCUUCGAAUAUAAAUUCAAAUAGCCAAAAAAGAAAUCGAACCGAAAACUUAUACAAAAAAUUUAAUGGAUUGUUUGUAUAA